UUUUUCUGCCGGACAUAAAGUGAUGAAAUUUCAAUGAUAUCUUACUCAACUCCUGUAAUUAACUACUCAAACCAGAAAAAUUCCUUGGCAAAUAAACUGCUAAUGCUUAAAACAACUCAUCUGACUUUAUUUGAAUUGAUAAAAUUCACAUCAAUGCAAUAAAAGAACUUAUUUCGUUAGUCUGCUGAAAUUAGGAAAACUUAAAGUCGUUUUACUCAACACAAAGAAAAUGAAGAAUAUACUGGGAAGAUUUUUCACCAAGAAAUCUGUUGAUAAGGAUGAAAUCAAAGAUAUCAGCGAAGCAGAUUUUGAGACAGCUAUAGCUGCAGCAGGUUUUGGGAAAUUUAAUUUGCUCCUCAUUCUACUGGCCCUUCCUAUGUGCUGUUCUACCAUUUUCGAAACAACAACCAUGUCGUAUGUCUUUCCAGCAGCUCAGUGCGAUCUGAAUUUGUCGUUAGAAGAUAAAGGCCUGCUGAAUGCUGUGACUUACGCAGGAACCAUAUCAAGUGCUUUUGUUUGGGGGUUUCUUUUUGAUACUCUGGGAAGAAAGAAGUUACUGAUAGCAGGUUUCCUCCUCAAUGGCAUCUUUGCUGUCCUGAGCAGCUUCUCCCAAACGUUAACGUUUCUCAUGGUGAUGAAAUUUUUGGGUGGUUUCAUAAUGUGUGGUCCUUUCGCAGCCUUAACAACGUAUUUAUCGGAAAUUCAUUCCACAGACUUCAGAUCUAAGGCUCCUAUGCUCCUUGGUAUAUGGAAUGCUGCAGGAACAGUGUAUCUUCCAUUCCUUGCUUCGUUGGUAUUGCCUUUAAAGUUUGAGUGGAAAUUGGGCAAUUCAUGGGUUCUUCAUUCUUGGGGACUUUUCUUACUGCUCAACGCCAUACCAGCGUUGCUCAGUGCAGUAAUUUUCAUAUUCCUGCCAGAAAGCCCAAAAUUCCUGAUGACAAAGGGAAGAAACGAAGAAGCAUUGAAGGUUUUCCGAAUGAUCUACAGCGUGAACACGGGAAAACCGAAAGAAACAUAUCCAGUGAAGAAAUUAGUGGAAGAAAUGGAACAAGACGCUUCUAAAGGUAGAAAAUCGUUGAAGUUGAGCUUCAAGGAAGGUUGGGAUCAGAUGAGUCCGUUGUUUCAGUCGCCUCUGUUGAAGAUUCUGGUGUUGGUAUGCUUGCUGCAGCUCUUCAUGACGAUGAGUUUGAACACCUUGAGACUAUGGUUUCCACAGCUCUUUCAAGCUAUAACCGACUAUAAACUAAAGUAUGGAAAGUCCUCCACCCUUUGUGAAAUGCUCUCAGUAUUGAAACCAUCUGAAAACGAGGAAGAAUGUUUUGUGAAUACCGACAACAUUGAAGUCUACCGGAGUUCAAUGAUAGUAGCGACAACACAAGUUUGUUUCUAUUUGCUGGCCGGUAGUUUGAUCAAUUUGCUUGGUCAGAAGAUGCUACUGAAUAUUGUGAGCCUGGUAUCUGGUACCUUUGCUGCUGCCAUUUAUUUUUCACCUAACAGUGAAAUAGCUACAGGUCUGAUAGCUGGAUUUACUAGCUUAGCCAGCAUUGGGACGAAUGUGAUACUAAUUAUUGUGGUCAAUUUAUUUCCAACCACUUUGAGGACGAUGACUGUAUCUUUGGUGAUGAUGUGUGGAAGAGGAGCUGCAAUGUUUGGUAAUAUUAUUUUCCCGUACCUGUUAGGACUAGGAUGUGGCCCACCUUUUUUCAGUACGGCCUGUGUCUUGUUUUUAAGUUUCACCCUAUCACUUCUGAUUCCGAAGGAGAACAAAAAUUUUAUAUGAAUGUAAUGAUUAUGCUUUAAAUUGAGUAGAAUAAAAAUUUUUUUUUG